CAAUCAUAGCAACCAGCAUGGCGACGGAGACGCAUUACUUGGCUCUGCAGUUGCUUAAGCUAUUAUAGGUUAUUACCUUUACGAUACCUGAUUAUAUUACUGCGUCGGCAUGUUUACAGUUAAGUGCACUGAGGUUUCUGGAUGUGUUCAAGCUCUGCCUUCGCUGCUUCAGAAUAUGUCCGAGGAUGGGAUAUGCUGAGUGCUUUAUUAUGGACUCGAGAAUAGGGAGUGUGUCCUCUGGACUGGGGUACAGCCCAGGUGUGAAAGGAAAGGCUUUGAAAAGUAGCCCUUUCUGUCCUCGUUCCUCCAGCAAGUUGACACAGUCCAUCAUUAAAGACCACAUGGUGUCUCAUUACAAAAAGGUUUACUCAGCUAAAGCUGCAAUUGAUGCCUCAGUACCCAAAAGCUUGCUAUAUAGUGUGAAGUACAAUGACCAGAUCAGGCAGAAUCAGUUGAGGAAAGGUGGUCGUCCUCAGUCGGCCCCCGCACAGAGGAAUAGCAGAACCUCCUACUCCUCAUCCCAGAGCAGAUUAUCUGUGCAGUACGAUGACAGCGCCUACCUUUGCUCGAGGAGCUCCUUGGUCUCCAGCCCUAGAUUCAAUACCACAUUUAAAGUCAAUGAGAUAGUUUAUCCGUCAUGUAAAGUCAGCUCUCAUCACACUCGCCCAGCAUCAGAAAUGAAGUACCGGAGCCCAGAGGCAGCUUUUCGAAGAAAGCCGUCAGCUUGUUCAUUGGCAGCUUCUGGAGAUGAGAGUUCCUACAAAACCUUCCAGGACCCCGUCCAGAAGACAUACAGCGGAGACUUGCUACUGAAACAUUCACAGCACUUUACCCAAGGCAAACCGUUUACUCCUAAGACCUUAAAAUCAGAUAAGAGCUCAUACCUGUCAAAUUAUCGCUAUUACAGAGCACCACGGAGGAAGCCUACUCAGGACAGCAGUAACUCAGCCUUGUUUCAGCAGGAGACGUAUGAUGGAAGCACAAUAAACAAGGAAUACACACAGGAUGUUGAUGAGCCAUCUCAGGGAUUUAUUACAGAGCAUGAGUGGUUUGAGGAUGAGCUUAAUGGCACAUAUUCAUCAUCAAGACAAAAGAGUCAAGCAGCCAAGGGCAGAGAACGCUUUCUUUUUGACUCCUCAUCCAGGGUCUCACCAGAUGGCGGGAAAUCUCCCAGCAUGAGGAGAGUGUCUGCAGAAGAAGAAGAAUUAAUGUACCUUGAAUUCAUUUCUGCUGUGACAGAAGAUAUCUUGUCCAGGGGACAUAUUUCUGACAGGGUCCUAGAUCGUGUGAUAAAUUGGCAUAUUGACAUCAAUCGCCAUCAGCUGGAUGAGGGUAAAAUGCGCCACCUGCUGGAAGUGCUCCGUCAAGACUUUGAAGAGCCAACCAAGAUAUCGACCAACAAUGCAGAGCUUGAAAAAAAGGAGAAUUAUCUGCUUGAUAGCCUCCUACCACAUCUAGAAUCAGUGGGGAAACAAGUAAUGACCAAAGAAGACAAUGACCUGUUCUCUUAUGUGUCACUGAUUAAACAUUGCGAGUCCCCAGAUUAUACCCAUCCCUUAUUGGUUUCUACACCCUCAUGCUCUCCUGAAAGAACUGCUUCGCAGACUGAAAUAACUGAAAAAGAUAAGAAGAGUGACAGUGAGGGAAAGUUUAUUGACUCUCCUUUGCUUAGUGAGCAUGUCACUGAUAAUGCAAGAACCAGUGAAGAUCACUUCCACACAGCUGCAACAACCAGCAUCCACAAUGAAACCCAAGAGUAUUCCACUAUAACCAGCGGUCAAGACCAAGCUGAUGAACAGUCUAAAGAGGUUGAGGAUCUAGGGAGAAGUUUGUCAGAGUCAUUGCAUGUGUCCAGCAAUACACACUGUGAAAACACUGCCAGUGAGCAACAUACAAAUACGGGGGCUUCUGGUAGUGAUGAUGAAUUUUAAGUUUUUAUUGUACUGCAGGAUUUAAUGUCCUUUAACAGACGAUAAAUUAAUAUUCCAUAUUUUGAAAGUGUCAUUUAAAAAAAUGAACACUGGUGUUUUACACUGAAGAGUGUUGUAGUUUUGUUUUCUACAUAUUUUUCCACAACAAAAGCACAGUGAAAAUGGUUACAUGAAUAAAUCUGAGCUUUAAUGUUACUAUUUUGGGAUGGGAAUGAGUUUGAUCACUUUAGUGGUUGAGCUGCAGUUUACCUCUGAAGUUAGUUUCAGUAGCUUGUCCUGCCAGUUUAAAGUAUGAUGUAGCUGAAAAAAGUGUGAAGUGUUUUUGGCCUGAAAGUGCCACUGAUAUGUAGCUAAUGAGAGUUAACUGUCACCAGAAAGUGUCUUUACAAUUGCAAUAAAAUUGGCUAUUCAUUCACUGCU